AUGCAGAAAGCUCUGAAGAAGUAUUUUGUAAACAUGGAUGAGUAUCUCGCCAGCAUCGGCCUGUACAGGAAAAUGAUGCCUCGGGAUGCGUCCUGUCUUUUCAGAGCCGUUUCUGAGCAGCUGUAUUACUCUCAGCAUUACCAUCAGAAAAUCAGAAAGGACUGCGUCACCUUCAUGAAAGAGAACAGAUGCAACUUUGAGCCGUUCGUAGAAGGGUCUUUUGAGAAGUACCUGGAGCGUUUGGAGGACCCACAGGAAACAGCGGGACAAGUGGAGAUAAAGGCUCUGUCGUUAUUAUACAGGCGGUGCUUUGUAAUUUACAGGUAUCCAGGGAGACCCCCCACAGAGAUUGCUGAACAGGAAUACACAGAGAAGGUUUUCCUGUGUUGUUCCAACAACGGGCACUAUGACAUUGUGUACCCCCGGAGUUACCCAGUGGAUGCCGCGCUGUGUCAGUCGCUGCUGUACGAGCUGCUGUACUGCCGGGUGCUGGGGCUGGAGGAGGCGGAGCUGCAGGGGGCGGGGGAGGGGUUCCGAGGUGGGGGGCGGCGCUACAGGAACAGCCUGUCCCUGUGCAGUGAGGACACUGGCUACGACACCCCAGAGGACAGGGGUCAGAGGUCAGGGGCCGCCGCCAUGGGCGCGAACGCGCGCACACACACACACACACGCAGAGAGGACUGGGACAGAAGCGAUCUGAAUCGUCCAGACGACAAAGCCAAACCGGAAAAAGCCAGCUCAGAGGAGCCAAAGCCUGCAGAUGCCCCAGCCAAGGUCACCUUCCCCUACAAGGUGCUGAAAGCUCUGGACCCUGAUAUCUAUCGCAACGUGGAGUUUGAUGUCUGGCAAGACGGCCGCAAAGAGCUUCAGAAGACGGAUUACAUGGUGUUUGCCGGCAGACAGUACUUCCUGGGAGACAAGUGUCAGGUGCGUCUGGACCCCAAGGGGAAGUACUACAACGCCUUCAUACAGGAAGUGGGCAAUCACUCCAGCGCUGUGACUGUGUUCAUUGAAGAGCUGGGAGAGAAACACCUGGUGUCCCUGACCAACCUGAAGCCUGUGAACCCUGUCCCUGCAUGGAACAUCACCCCCAGCCGCAAGGGGGCUCCCUUCAGCCGGCCCGAGCAGUACCCUACAGAGCUAGACGCGGAGAUGAGGGGCCGUCGGCGGUUCUUGAAGAAGCCUCGCGGGAAGGAGGUUGUGAUGGCGGUGUCGUACGGCCGCCCCCAACCCGGGGUUCCCCCCCGGCUGCAGCUGGCCCCCGGCUGCAUGCCCCCCCGCUCUACCAUGCACCACCCCCCCGCCGCCCCUGUCCUGCCCUAUGAGCAUUACCGGCCACACCCCAUGCCCCGCCCACCCCGCGGCUUUGGCCCACCCAGAAGCUCCACCCGCUUCCUGAACCGGCACCACCUGAUUGGGCCAGAAGUGGCAUACUACCCGAACCACGGAAAGCGCUGCUACCAGAAUUUUGAUAACUGCUACCGUUCACGCCGGAGCCGCCGGCAGAUGCACUCAAAUAAGGAAUGCCAGUUCAGCUUCGGACCCGAGGCUGUGGAGGAGCCCCAGGACCUGGAGGGAAACAUCACCUUCUACGAGAUCGGAGAGGGGGACGAGACCGCCUUCCCCCCACUGCCUGUAAGUACCCCCAGUGGCCCCAUGGUGACGGCGCCCACCAACUUCUGGGUGCAGCGGGGCCCGAGUCCCAGCUCUGCAGGGGACAAGCCUCCUGUCGCCACCUCCGAGGACGACCCCGAGGACCCCAGCACCAAUGGUGAUUCAGGUGAAUAUCCAGAUGACUACAUCUACAGAUCCUCAGACCCCGGAUUCCAGAGCCCUUCAGUGUAUACAGCAGCCGAAGCAACUGCCAACCUGACGAUUCAGGAAGGGGGCUCUCGCUCUGGCUCACCACCAGAGGGCGUUGCCACCUACAGUUACUCCGAGCAGGUGGUGGUGAAGUCUGUGGUCAUCUCCUCCGCCCCCGCUGUCAACACGGCCCCCGCAGCCAUCUUCACAUCCAACUCCUCUUCCUCAGGCAGCUCCCAGACACCCUCGGCCUCCAUGCCCCCCACCGGCACCCUGCCGCCGCCCCCCCUCCUCCCCACCCACUCCAUGGGAAGGCCAGUUGUGUCUGUGCCGUAUCCGGCUGCUUCUCCCUGGUUCGUUAAUGAGAUGGGGGAAACCGUUGCCAUGCCUACCCCACCACCCUACUCGUACGACCCAAACGGCAGUGACCUCCCCCGAGACUGCAAGGUCCUGCAGUAUUACUUUAAUUUAGGAGUGCAGUGGUACCAGCAGCACUGCUGGCCGGCCGCGGUGCAGAUGCAGCCGGUGUACACCCACACCAGCGCCGACCCGCAGCUGCAGAGCUACGCAGUCAGCGGCGGGGGGACGGAGCGCAGCAUGGCACCGCCGUACCCGGAGACGGGCCGAACCGGACCGGACGUCCAGGGAGACGCCCCCAGCAACGGCACUGCCCUGUCCCUGGACCCCCCCACUGCAGCGCCCCCCUCCGGCACCGUGUUCUACCCCCUGCUGCAGGACCAGUGCAGCCAGACCCCCCACCACACCUUCGAGUCCUACACCUCUGUGCUGCCCACCUACCACUACCUGCUGCCCUGGACACCUGGCCCCGCCCAGCCCCGCCUGCAUGCCUCCUUCUGCCCCAACACCUCCCACCCGGUCAGCUACAUCACAGGGCCCCCCCACCCCGGACACUUUGUCCCCCACAACAUGUAG